GCUAGUAAGCGUUUAAGGGCGUCAGAAGAGGAAGUUACUUCAGGGAGUUGGGAAACCUGGGACUUUUCUUCUCCUGAUUCAAGCCUGUGAGGAACCUUUAUAAAUAUGGGUGUCAAAAAAUAAAAAGGUGGAGAUUCUGGGAGCAGCAGACGUUGAACAUUGACUUGGAAUCAUCUGCUCCUUGCGUUCCCCAGACCAAUACUGCUGUGGUAGCUUCCAAGCUUUCCACUGGAGGGAGACCUAGUUGGGACCACUUCCUGCCAGGAUGGAAAAUCUUGCUGACAACUUCUCUUGCUACGACCCAUCCAUUGUUGGUUACCGCUAUGUGUCAGUGACUUGGGGCAUUGUGGUGACAAUAGUGGGCACAGUGGGCAAUGUGUUAACCCUCUUGGCCUAUGCUUCUGACACCAAGCUGCAGACACGCUUCAACCUGCUCAUAGUCAACUUGACUUUGGCCGACAUCCUGUACUGCACCUUUUUGCAACCCUUCUCCGUGGACUCCUACCUCCAUCUCUACUGGAGGUCGGGAGCUGCUUUCUGCCGUGUCUUUGGGAUGCUGCUGUUUGUCUCCAACUCAGUCUCCAUCUUGACUCUCUGUCUCAUAGCAGUGAGCCGCUACCUACUCAUUGCCAAUACGGCCCUGUUUGACCGCAUCUUCUCCCGUCUGGGAGUGAUAUUAAUUGCUCUGGGGACCUGGGUUAUUGCAACUGUCAGUUUUGCCCCCUUGUGGCCUGUCUAUGUCUUGGUCCCCAAAGUCUGUACCUGCAGCUUCCAUCGCAUCCGUGGACGGCCCUACACCACCAUCCUCUUGGGUUUCUACUUUGUUGUGGGCCUGAGCUGUGUUGGCAUCUUCUAUUUCCUCAUCCAUCGCAAAGUCAAGGGUGCUGCCCAGGCCUUGAAUCAAUACAAGCUGAAGAAGGCCAGCUUGAAGGGGGCUCACGUAGCUGGAACCAACUCAACUAUACCGGGACAGUACCAUGACCUGGACAGCGGGGUGGACAGUGCAGGUGCUUCACAGCAUUCCUGCGAGGCUCUGCCCUCUGAGCCAACAUCCAAGACCAGCAUUCCCCCAGGUCUGGAGAGCAGCUCAGCUCUUCCCGUGGCGCAGCCUGCGGACCCAUCAAGGAAAAGGGCCCCCUGCAAACCCAAGGACAGCAACUCAGAAUUCCGCCGGGUGACCCGCAUGUGCUUUGUGGUUUUUAUUUUCUUUGUGGUUUGCUAUAUCCCUUUUUUGCUCAUCAAUAUCUUUGAUGCCAAAAACCGGGCUCCAACUGUACUGCACAUGAUUGCUGCCAAUCUGACAUGGCUUAACAGCUGUAUUAACCCCGUUCUUUAUGCAGCCAUGAACCGCCAGUUCCUUGAGGCCUACAAAGGGGUGAUGUACAACUUUGCCCAGAGAAUCCACUGCUGCCGCUAACCUGUGGGGAGUUGUCCCCCCGUUCUCCCCAUGGAUAAGUUCUCUGAUCUUCAUUUGUCCUCCAGACUGGACACGGCCAGGAAAUUGCUACACUUCCACUGAGGACUAAAUUCCCAGGGUUUAACUUCUGUUCUUAUAAUCACUGAAUUUUAUUCCAUCUUCUGUGGUAGCCAAUGGGUGACUUGGAAAUCAUGCAGAAUUGACUGACUGAGCCUCACUCUGAGUUGUUGAAGACUGGGAAGACUCCACUUUGCCAAAGAGAAAAAGACUGACCCUGCCAGGUUCCCAUUAUUACAGCAAAUGUUGCUGUUUCAUAAAGGAUUGUCUUGUGGGAAAACCUUGUCUCUGUAACAGGCAUGGAUGCUAAAAGGCUGUCACCUCUGCAUGUGUACACAGUGCCUAUUUAUAUUUAUUAUCUCUGCUCCGUAUUUCAUUGUCAAGAACACUCACUUCACUUCUUGAGCUCCUCCUCAAAUCCCAACAUUCUGUCUGCUCCCAGAGUGACCAAAAGCUCUUUGUCCUUGUUUUCACAAUACCAGGGUAAGUUUUGUAUCUGACCCUUGGUAACCGUGAAAGCUGCUCUCAGGUUUUCAGGCAGAAGUUUUUCCAGGCCUACCUAAAAAGGCCUUGAUUUCUGUUUUAAAAAUAUAUUCUAACAGUGAGCUAUAGUUAAGGCUUAGCCUCUUCCAUAUCUCUUCAGUCUUAUACUGUAUCUAGAUCUCAGACCUUUGCUCAUCCAAAUCUCCCACCCUCAGGUCUUCCAAUCCCUCAGAUGAAGCCAUUCUUUCUCUUUUGUAUUCUGCCACCUAACUGUCCUUGAGGAAUCUUGAGAAGCUACACAAGGAUAGAUCUAAUGACUUGGAUGGGAAACCACCAGAAAAUCCCAGGGCUGCCAACUAGAGUUGGAAACUAGAGAAAUUCUAAAAAAAAGACAGUGACAAACCGCUUCCAUAUUGUUGUCAAGAUGAUGUGUCCAUGUAGUCAUCAGGAAUCAAACUCAACUGGAGAAAGUUUUUCUCUCCCUUUAGAUCUCUCAUCCAAAUUCACAAAUCUUUUGGAACAUUCUGUUAUUAGUCAUUUGUACCCUAAAUAAGCUAGUCCUUUUCUCACCGUUUUCCCCUAGCCCUCACCCUAUUUCUUUUAUGAUGAAUUUUAAUAUAAAAUAUAUAAUUCCUUGAAUGCAGGUGGUAUGCUAAAACAUCACGACAUAUAGUUGGUACUCUGUACUAUACCCAUCUAAAAAUAGACUUUUUAUUUAUGUCGCAAUUAAGAUCAAAAUUAAGUAAGCCAAUAGGUAUUCAAGUAAAAGAAUGGGUGGAUGUAAAUAUCUGGAGCCCAGUUUUCAUGCACUUGUUAGAUGAAGAAAUUAGGUGUGCAGAAGGUCCAUUUAGAGUUGAAACAUCUACCGAAGGAGAAACAAGCCAGAUGAAAGAAUGUCUAUUUCUAUUUAUUUUUUUAAUCUAAAAAAGAUAUACUAAUGCUUAAUAUACAGAAGAUACAAAAUAUCUGAGAGACAGAAUGUUUUACAAUGUACAUAAUUUAUUAGUACAGCAAUGUAUGUAUAUAAUGUAUAAAUAAAGAACCAUACAUGUA